GGCAACGCUCCUGUCGCUCUCACGCGCCGCCGCCGGCCGGGCCCCACUUCCGCCAAGAUGAUGAACUGGAGACGGCACACCUUCUUCAACACCUCGCCCGCCACCGACAUCGCGGCGAUCAUCCGGUCUGGCAACCUCCGCGAUAUCCAGAGCUUGCAAGUCACCUGCGUCGGGUCCGGCAACGGCCACCUGGUCCUCGGCGACAGCCAAGGCUAUGUGCAUCUGCUGAACAAUGGCUUCGAAAAGCCGCAGGGCCCUGCUGUCGGCUCGGGCUCGCCCGAGCACUCGGCCGAGCUCGAUGCCCAGACCAACAACGCGGUCUUCUCCUUCCCCGCGUACAAUGUCCGCGUGACGCACAUCUUCCGGUCGCGCCUCCGGCCGAUCCUGGUGACUGUCGGUGACGACACGGAUGGCAUCCAGCCCGUGCUCAAGAUCUGGGACCUGAGCCGGAUUGUGUCCUCGACCAACAGCUCGGCGCCCAUCACCAUGAUCAGCCAGGCGAACAUCCUGUUUGAAAACCGCCCGAUGCCGGUUGUUUGCCUUGCCUGUCGGGAUGAUGUGAAUCACAUCUCAGUUGGCCUGGCCAAUGGCGUGGUGGUGGACUUCUCGCCGAAGAAGGAGGGUGGCGACUUGCUGCGUGAACGUCCCCUCCAGGCGCGCCUCGCGGUGCUCUACUGUCCGGCGGCCCUGCAGAUGGCCUCGACCCCGGGGCAGCGUCGCAUUAUUCCGGUUACAGGGCUGGAGUACCGCGAUCGGAUGUUCCGCCAGCCGAACGGCCAGCCGAAGCUAACCUUCGAGCUGUGCAUUGUGACGACCAACAACAUCUAUUCCGUCCUUCCGACCGGGCCGCGGGUUGCUUCUUCGAUGGAUGAGGCCGGUUGUGAAAUUGGAAGUGAAUAUGGCUGUGUGGCGCUCACGUCCUCGCAGGAGGGCGGUCAGCCGGACCUAAACCGCCAGAUUGUCAUCGCUCGCCCGGAGGCUGUAUACUUCUAUACGGCACAUGGGCGCGGUGCCACUCUUGGCUUCGAGGACCCCAAGCAGCUGGUCGGCUGGUUCAAGCAGUAUCUGGUGCUGGUGACGCGCGACACGCCGCGGCCCACCACCAGCCUUGGUGAGCAUGGCACCGAUGACCACAGCUCGAAGCACAAGCAUAAGCUGAGCAUCUACGACUUGAACAACAAGUUCUCCGCCCUGACUAUCACCUUGGAUAGCGUCGCCUUCAUGGCACAUGAGUGGGGCUCGCUCUUUGUCAUCACGGGUAACAACAAGAUCCACCGGUUUGACGAGCUGGAUCUGGCCUCGCGCCUGGAGUACCUGUAUCGGAAGAACCUUUUCACCCUUGCCAUCAACCUGGCGCAAACCAGCAGCACCCCGUCGGCUGGAAGCACCAGCGUUGGUGGACCCGGUGGCUCGGCCCCUUCGCAGGCUGGUGGCGCGGGUGCUUCCUAUGACAAGGAUCUUGUGGCUGACAUCUAUCGGCGCUAUGGUGACCAUCUGUAUAGCAAGCAGGACUUUGACGACGCCAUGGAAAAGUACCUGCGUACGGUGGGCUAUCUCGAGCCGUCAUACAUCAUCCGCAAGUUCCUGGAUGCCCAACAGACCAACCACCUGGCGCAGUACCUGCAGGCCCUACACGAGCAGGGGAUCGCCACGUCCAAUCACACUGCCCUGCUGCUGCAUUGCUACACCAAGCUGGAUGACGAUGCUCUGUCUGGAACCGGUCGCGAUACUGACGAGGCCCGGCGUGCCCGACUUGAUGCCUUUUUGAUGACCGACCAUGCCAACUUCGAUGUUGACACGGCGAUCAGCGUGUGUCGCCAGGCGCGGCACUACUCGCAUGCCCUGCAUUUGGCUCGCGUGGCGAAGCAUCACACCAGCUACCUGCGCAUUCAGCUGGAUGAUUUGGCUGACUACACGGCGGCCAUUGCCUACAUUGGAUCGCUUGACAUCGAGGAGGCCCUGUACAUGGUGCAGCUGUAUGGUAAGCCACUCCUGCAGAACGCCCCGCAGGCGGCAACCAACCUUCUGAUCCGACUUUGCUUGGAUUAUAAGCCAACGCCGCUUCCGGAUGAGGAGGAAUUCUCCUCGCGCCAUCGGUCCAAGAAUCGCACGCGGUCAUAUGGGAGCGCCGGCACGCCGGCGCCCGGACAAAAGGACCCGGAGCCUGUGGCCGCCGCCCCGGCUCUGCCUGUGCCGCAGUCGCAGGAUCCGGUCGUCGUGCCGCGUCCGGUCCCGGUGCCAGUUGGCGACGAUGAUGACGAUGAUCUGCCCCCGAUUGUGUCGUUGACAAAGCUGAGCAACCCGACUCCGAUCGGCACCCAGCGUCCUGGUGGUGCCCCGGUGCCGGUGGCUGUGCCGAAGGUUUGCCCCGCGGAUCUGCUUCAUGUAUUUGUCGAUAAUCCGGCGCAGUUGAUGGAGUUCCUGUCGAAGAUGAUCGAGGCCUCCAAGUCCGAGACCUUUGCCGAGGUGGAAGUUGGCCACGAGGUGUAUCACACCUAUUUGGAGCUCCUGCUGAAGGAUAAGCGCGACUCGCCCGAGUAUAGUGAUCUUUCGCCCGAGGAACGCGAGGCCCACAUGAAGCAGGAUCAGGAGAAGGCACUCGGGCUGCUGCGCGACCCACGGUCCCGGUAUGAUGUGGAUCAUGCGCUGGUCCUGGUGCGGACGUAUGAUUUCGCGGCCGGCGCUCUCUGCCUGUAUGAGCGCCUUGGCCUCCGGCGAGAGAUCAUCCAGCAUCACAUGGCCCGGGGCGACCACCAGGCAGUCUUGGCGGCGGUCACAAGCACCGGCAGCGUCCUGAGCAGCUAUGGGGCACACCCGAGCGACACAGAUGUCAAUCUUUGGUCGCAGGUGCUGAGCUACUUCGCGGCGCAGGGGCCUGCCUGCGAGGCAGAGGUGACCCACAUUCUGCAGAUCAUCUCCAAGCACAACCUCCUUCCCCCGCUGGAGGUGGUCCGCCUGCUGACCUCGCCGAUCCAUCUGCCAACCACGACCGGUGGCGGGAGCAAUGCUCCCCGGCAGCCGGCCGUGUCGCUCGGAGCCGUUCGGGCCUACCUGCAGAAGGUCCUGCUGGAGGAGCGGUCGGCCGCCGACGCGGAUCGGGCCACCAUCGCCGAGCACGAGCACGCCACCGAGGCCAUGCGAACGGAGGUGAACAAGCUCCGCAGUGAGCCGCGCAUGUGUCUGCAGCAGAAGUGCGGUGCCUGCACCCUGCCGCUGGAGCUCCCGGCGGCGCACUUCUACUGUGGCCAUGCCUUCCACCUGCGGUGCCUUGGUGAGGUGGAGGGGGCCAUCGGGCAGGACUUCCACUUUGGGGCUGGCGCCGGGCAGUCCGGGCUGGUGUAUGUCCCGGGCUCGCCCAACAACCUGGAGUGCCUGCUGUGUAUGACCGACAAUCGUGCGGCCUUCGACCUGCGCCAUGCACAUGAGUCCAGUGCCCAGCGCCAUGAGCAAUUCACCAAGCAGCUCGAGAGCGCCAAUGAUGGAUUCUCCGUUAUCGCGGACUACUUCAGCCGGAGCGUACUGGACCCGGCGCUGCAGGUCGACCAGAACGGCGCCCUCAUCCAGAAGAUCCGGUUCUGAUAUUCACGUGGUCGGCCUUGUGAUUCGGCCCUUUGCGUGGCGCGCUCCUGCACGUCCGCACGCACCGGGGACACAUGCCCGGAAUAAACGCCAUAUUAAUCGAAAGA